AUCUAUUAGCACACUUCAUUAGUUACUUUCCAGUUUUCUUUAUUUAUUUUAUUGAGACUAUUAUAGAGAAUCAAACUCUGAAACUAGACUGAAUUAACAAGGAAUAUUUAGGCUUACGUAUGGUAGAGGCAAUUAAUGGCCACCCCUCCAUUACUAAAUUAUAGUUGUUCAAUUGUUUUCAAUGGUGUCGCUAUCUUACCAAGUAGUCAAAAGAAAUUUUGGUAGCAGAUUUUUGUCAAUUUCUAUCACAGCACAGAAAUUUGUGUUUCUGGCAUCAAGCAUUUUACUUGUUGCUGACUGGGGAAAAUUAUCCAAUGGCAAUGACCUUUAACACAGUAUAAUACCCAUAGCUAAGGUCAAGUAACAUGUUUAAUCAAGAACAUCUAAAAAAGACUAUUAUAUUAUACUAUAACAUAAAAGUUGAGUAACUCUUCUAUUUCCUACCUUUGAAUUAUAAAAAUUCAAAAUUAUGCAAGUUAAAUAGUUGAAAGUUGUAGGAUGCAGAAUCAAUAGUCAUGCACUUUUUUUUUUAUUUAUUGAUAUCUAUUUUUACACUCCAACUAGGAUGUUUGGUUGCUCCCUGUGUCCUGGAUUUGGUGAUUCUGGCUAAAUUUUCAUUUUUGACUUCUAAUAUUACGGUCAUUUUUUUAACUUUUGCGGUCGGAACUUAUUAGUCCUAGAAUAUUACACCAGAGGAUAUGGUCUUUACUUUGUCCCAUUAUCACGUUUGUUAGCUACUAAAGAUACUGACAUUAGCAUUUCUUUGCCAUGUGCUCAACAGAGGAUUUUUCUUGGUUGUUUUUGCUGAGUUGCUCAUAGUUUGACUCUUUCCAGUCUCUUUUAGUUAAUAACGAGCAGAAAUUCCAAAACAGGAUUCAAAAGCUCCCAUUUUGACAUAAUCAGAACUAAAAUUUCAUAAUGAUCACUUGUUGAUGUCUGGUUAUUCAUGCAGACAAGAAAUGGAAUUCAUUUGAUUUGCAAUUUCCAAUCAUCCCUUUCCUAGUAUCCUUUAUGUACCAGGCCUUCAAGCCCUUUUCCUCUCGCUAACUAUGCAAACCAAUACCUUUCUUUUCCUUUUCCUCAUUUUUCUCAUCUCAACCAACAUUCAGACAUCCUUUUGUGCUGAUGAUUAUAGAUAUGCUAACUGUAAUCAGGCAUUUGAAUGUGGAAACAUUCAAAAUAUUGGUUAUCCUUUCUGGGGUAUAAACCGAGCAGGUUACUGUGGUCAACCAGAGUUUGAGCUCAAGUGCCAAGACAAUGUGCCAAUGAUCAAAGAGGCAUCUAAUACCUACAGAAUUCUUGACAUCAGCCCUGAAAAUCAAGUCCUUACAGUAGCCAGGGAGGAUUUUUACUCCAGUAUUUGUCCUGAUCACUUCUAUAACACCUCCCUAGAUUCCGCUAUCUUCAGAUAUGCCCCAGACCUCAGGAACGUGACCUUACUCUAUGGUUGCUCUUCUACGCCCAAAGCUCCGUUCUCAGAAAUUCUUCGUCAACCUGAUUGCUUCGUAAACGGAACAAACAUCAACGUUUUCACCGUCACUGGAGAUUUGCCAUUCAAUCCGUGCAAUAGCAGUGUCAUUGUCCCCAUUCCGGAAACAAGUGCUCAGGCCUUAGACAACAAUAGAAUAACAAUUAAUGAUGCACUAAAGGAGGGGUUUGGAUUGCAGUGGCAAAUAAGUAAUGAUCAAUGCAAUAGGUGCAUUGAUUCUGGUGGGAGUUGUGGAUUUAAUAGGACUACAAAUGAGUUUGUUUGUUUUUGCCAAGAUCAACCCACCGCAACUUCAUGUUCUUCCUGGCCAGGUGCGUGUCUCCUUUUCUUAAUGUUUCGUAUGGCCAAAGCCAAUGUUUCAUUUAGCAGCCACAGAUUGCAAUACCUCUGCAAGUAAUGAUUAAUUUGGUUUUGCUCA